AUGUUAGAGUUAAAUUUAUCUAAAGGAGACUUGAAAAAACUUUGCUGUGCAUUUGGUGUGUCUACCGAUAGUGUAAAAGUAGACCUAGUACAAAAAUUAAAACAACUUUUAAGCGAAGUAGGCCAAAACCCAAAUAGUGUUAAAGAAACUGGUGAAACAAGCCUGAGAAAUUGUGAUGCUGAUGACCAAGGAUAUCAUGUGAUUGAGAUGGAUGAUUUCAAUAUUGAUUCAAUUGCAGAACCAAAUAACUCUUAUGCAAAUACUGAAGAAUACCAACAUGAGUAUGAUUCACUACAUACAAUUGGGACAGAGCUUGAUUUAGCAAAAGAAUCUAGGAGUUCUUCUGAGGUUAUGAUUCAUAUUGAAAAAGCCUGUGAG